GAACAAAACAAACCCUUUCCUUAAUUUCCUCGCUUCCACUUGUCUCUCCCCUGUCGUUCCUCUCUGCAACAAUUCACUCAGGAAAAAAAAAAAAGUUGGCAACUUUUUUCAUGCAAUAAUUUCGUCUGAUCUCCACCGGCAUUAAUUCUCUGAUUCUUUUAGGCACUGCCGGGGAUUCUUCCGUCGACAAUGUGCUACAAUGGACCGGCGGAGGACGUUGACGAUGAACUGGGAGCACGUCGAAGAUAACGACGACGAUUUCUUCGAACCCAGCGAACGCUUCUCCUCCGCCGUCCCCGAUGACUACUUCGAGUCCUCCGGAUCGGAGGACGAUUACGAGGACACCCGUCUCUCCUUUAGCACCGCCGUCUGCGCAUCCGCCCCUCGCCCCUCCCUCUCCCUCCGCGCCCCCGAGGCGGCAGCCCCGCCGCCCUUCGCCUCCGCCCGACCUCGCUCCGCCUCCGAGGAUUACGACAUGUGGAUGGCCGAGCCAGGUGACGUCAAAGAGCGCCGCCGCCGCCUCCUCCAAGGCAUGGGGCUUUUGAGCAACAAAAGCCUCCAAAAAAUCGCCAGCGCCAAGAAAUUCGCCAAAGUCAUCACAAAAAAAGCCGAAGCCGCAGUUGCCAAACACCCCCUUAUCCCUAAACCUGAAAUUCCCCGCCCCCCUUCUCCCCGGAAAAAUUUCACGACGCCGCCGCCGCAGGCGGCGGCGGCGGCGGCGGCGGCGGCGGCCGCGUCCGAGCCUCAUUCAUCUCCACACCCGCCCGGUCUGGUCCGGUCCAGGUCGGCCGGAGAUAUUGAUUCCAACAAGAGGAAAGAAGAGCUAAUGGGGCCCAUUUCGAAACAGAAUCUGAGGAGAACGUUAUCGUGUCUGGCAACAUUAAACACAGAUAUUGGGACGAUAAAACAUACGAUCGUCAAAAUAUCGCGGGGGAAUAAUAAUGAUGAUAAUAAUUAUCGUAAUGAUGAUAAGGUGAGGAACAGAUCGACGGCGAGUAGUGGGAUAUUGUCCGAUGGGGAUGUCGACCCAAGUUUCGUAACGAAGAAUGUUAACAGUGUUAACGAAGAGAAUGAUGAUGGGCAGACGAGGAAGGAAGAGUCGAUGGAUGAAUACGACAGGUCGGUCGGAUACUCCCCGGUUGAUAAGGAAGUGAUGCGCAGGUCGAACGAUUCGACCAGCAAUUACUACGACAGGAAACAACACAUGAAUAAUUCAUAUCUUACCAGGAGCGUGAGGUACAGCAAGAGAAGAGGCGUGGCAAUCCUGAAGAACCUGAAGAACAUAAAGGCGCAUUCCAAGAGCGGAAAGAUCACAGAAAAAGACAGAGAUCUGAGUUUAUCAGGAGAACCCAAACCCAACAAGAACUCCUCCCAGUGGAUCAAAGUUCGGCAGCACGGAAAACCAAUCAAGGAGUUCACAGGGCUCCACUUGUGCCAAGAAAUCCAGGCCCACGAGGGCUCAAUCUGGAGCGUCAAAUUCAGCCCGGACACGCAUUACCUGGCAACCGCAGGGGAGGAUAAAGUUAUCCAUUUAUGGGAAGUCCAAGAAUGCGACGUGGCAGGGAGACCCUACGAUGAUUUAAGCUCCACGCCUGUUCAUCCCAUGGCUUCUCCUCCUUCAUCGGCCUGUGCCCCGGAAUUGGGGGAAGAGAAAAGGAAUAAGAUUAGGGCUUUGAUUAGUAGGAAGAAGGGUAAUUCCGCUCCGGAUUAUGUGAUUGUCCCUGAAACUGUGUUUGCUCUUUCUGAGAAACCAGUCUGCAGCCUCAUUGGUCAUCAGGAUGCUGUCUUGGACCUGUCUUGGUCCCGAUCUCAGUUUCUACUUUCUUCUUCAAUGGACAAGACCGUUCGAUUAUGGGAUGUCGAAACUCAGAAUUGUUUGAAAAUGUUUGCACACAAUGACUAUGUAACAUGCAUACAGUUCAAUCCGGUAGACGAGGACAGCUUCAUCAGUGGCUCACUGGAUUCAAAGGUUCGGAUUUGGAACAUAACGGAUAGGAAAGUGGUGGACUGGAAAGAUGAGAAAGAGAUGGUUACUGCCACUUGCUACACUCCUGAUGGAAAGGGAGCCAUGAUAGGCUCACACAGAGGUGGCUGUCGGUAUUAUAGUACCACAGAUUGCAAACUGGAACAACAGGAUCAAUUUGAUACCCAGAACAAGAAAAAGUCCCAAAUCAAAAAGGUCACAGGUUUACAGUAUUCCCCGUGGAACCACUCAGAAGUGCUCAUUUCCACCGCAGAUUCGCGCAUUCGAAUCCACGAUGGAUCGGGUUUCACUCAUAAAUUCAAAGGUUUCCGUAACACAAGCAGCCAGAUGUCAGCUUCCUUUAGCCCGGAUGGGAAGUAUGUGAUAAGUGCAAGUGAAGAUUCCGAAGUCUAUGUAUGGAAGAAAGAAGAACCCAAAAAUGCGAGUGGAAAAGGCAGAAGGGUGAUCAUCAACAGCUAUGAACAUUUCGCCUGCAAAGACGUCUCGGUUGCAAUCCCGUGGCCAGGCAGCAUAACAAACGAGCCACCGGUCGUCGAACUACACACGAAAAGACGCUUCCUCCCGCCCCAACACCCCCCCGUUGGGUCUCCCAGGAGGCUGCCCCCUCUGCCAAGGAGAAAGGACUCGGGGGGCGAGGGGGACCACCACGAGAGUGAAUCCAAUGACCAUGCAGACCCAGGAACGGAUGACCCAGUUAAGAACGACAAUCAUCACCAUUCGGCCUCGCCUUCUAUCAGCAGCUCCCCGUCGCGGACCUGGUCCUCCCUGUUGGAUGGUGUGAUCAACCAUGGUGGGAAUACCAUCCAGGCCACGGCGUGGGGGUUGGUAAUUGUGACGGCAAGCUUAGGAGGUGAGAUCAGGGUGUAUCAGAAUUUUGGACUGCCUCUCAAGGCCAGUCGCCUCACAUAAACAAACAUAUAUAUAAAAAUUAUAUGGAAGUUGAACAGAUUAGGAGGUGUUAUUAGUCCAUCUUGUGCAACAUUUUUUUUUUAAAUAUAAAAUCAGCAUUAUUGGCUUGUGUUCUUCUCUA